AUGGCGCGUAAUGAAGAGAAGGCGCAGUCGCUGCUAAACCGAUGGACGUCUAUGAAGCAGGACUUUGCCGAUACUUUCAAGAAUCGAAGGCCGUACUUGACGUCACAGUGUGACAACCUUAAGGACGCAGAACGCUGGCGGCGGCAAGUCGUUCGUGAAAUUGCAAAGAAAGUGGCAGACAUUCAAAAUGGUGGUUCGAGUGAGCAUGUGAUUCGAGAUCUCAACGAUGAGAUCAACAAACGUAUUCUAGAAAAACGUCACUGGGAGCGGAGGAUCAUAGAGCUGGGCGGGUCUAACUAUCUAUCAACUCAGUCACAGGUUUAUGAUGCAGACGGCGUAGCGGUGACUGCAGUCGGUGGCUACAAAUAUUUUGGCGCUGCCAAAGACCUCCCUGGUGUCCGCGAGCUGUUUCAAAAGGAGGAGGUUGAGCCUCAGAAACGCACUCGAGAUGAUAUGUACAAGCACAUCAAGCCUGACUACUAUGGAUUUCGCGACGAUGAAGACAAGCAGCAGCUCCAAGACGAGGAAGAGGCGGAGAAGAGACUUCAAAAGUGUGCCAAAGAAGACUGGGACGCUGCUGAAGCUAAGCGUAGAGCCCAGAUGGAAGGAUUGGGGUUAAAAUCGGCGUAA